AUGCUCCACCAUUACUGUCACAACUACUCAAGUAUUACAUUCAUCACCCCCGCAUCCCUUCCUCCAUAUCUUAAUGAGGGGUACAAAUCGUUCUACGUUGGAAUUCUCACUGGUGCUACCGGAAUCACCAUCGACAGAAGUCACUUCUCAAACAUCGGAAGGGAUCAGAACAAUUACUAUUACACGAUCAAUGAACGCGACUUACAGACUUCGAGGAAGAAGAAGAGAUUCGACAAGGACGUACUAGAACUUUCCGAGAGGGGCGAUAUAUAUAAGCACAAGGACGUCUGCUAUACCUGGGGCCCAGGUCAAGUGGGAAAGACACAACCGAGGCGGCCGUCUAUCAUGCAGAAAUCAAUGUCGUCGGCUCUCUUGGACAGGGCAAGUUUACUGUGA